AUGAUUAGCAAUGACCCAGUGACUUUAUUAAACAAAUCAUGUAAUUUCAAGUUUGUGACAAUUGAUGAAGGUCUUGUGGUCCUACAAGCAUCCGAGCUCUGCAGCAUGACAGGAUUUAAGGCAGGCAAGGGAAUUGCUAUAAUAAAGCCUCAUCAUUUGGCAUACAAAUCUCUGUUUCCAGGAGAACUCAGCAUGUGGCAAGCAAUUGCUGCUUUAAUGACAUAUAAUGCAGAGCUAAGGAGAGCAAUGAAGACCCAAAAGCAGAGCGCGCGGGUGCGGGCCGAGAGGCCUGGCCGGGCGCGGGGGCCUGAGGCCUGUGAGCGGCGCGGCGAGGCCUCCCGGAUGCCGGCUGAGGCUCUACCGGGCAGAGCGGAGGCUGGGCCCGGGCCGGGGCGGGUCAGGCCGACGGCAGCGGCAGCGGACGCCCUAGUGGAAGAGAGCUUCGCGCUGUCGCUCCCUUCUGCCUCUGAUGUAGAAUUCGACGCUGUGGUUGGAUACUUAGAGGACGUCGUCAUGGAUGACGAGUUCCCGUUACUACAGAGGAAUUUCAUGGGCAAGUACAAUCAGGAGCUUGAAGACGCGGAAGAGGAUGCACGCACCUACACGCCUGUUUUCAAUGAAUACGUUUCUUUGGUAGAAAAGUAUAUUGAAGAACAGCUGCCGGAGCGGCUCCCUGGGUUUAACAUGGCGGCUUUCACAACGACUUUACAGCACCCUAGAGAGGAAGUGGCAGGCGACGUAUGGGACGUGCUGCUCACGUUUACAGGCUUCCUGGCUUUUAAAGAAAUGUUUCUGGACUACAGAGCGGAAAAAGAAGGUCGGGGACUGGACUCAAGCAGUGGUUUAGUGGUGACUUCAUUGUGCAAAUCCCAGAAUGUGCCAGCUUCCGAGAAUGACCUGCGGCCCAGGUCCCACCGCCAGGCAAUGGGAUCUUUCUGGACGUUGCCAGCCUAA